GCGUCAGGCAGCUGCAACCACAAGCGAAGCUUCAACAGCAACAGUUUGGACUUGGGUGCAAUACAACCUGGGUGUGUAUGAUACAAAUGGUUUAAGACUUACAAUGAAGAAAAUUAAAUCACCCACAUCUUGACGUCCACAUCGUGGUCAAUGAGGGUCUGUCGUGGUAUCAGUGACUGACAUGGACGCUAGUGACAACAAGGAUGUGAAGCUUUCAGCCGAGGUGGAACCGUUCAUCCCACAGAAGAAAGGUCCAGAAGGAACACUGAUCAGCAUGAGGCUGUCUGGAGAGACGGGAGGACAAGGAGGCGGAGCGGGAGGAGGAGGAGGGGGAGAGCCCACCCCCAUCCCCAGCUACCUCAUCACCUGUUACCCCUUUGUCCAGGAGAACCAGCCCAACAGGUACAGGCAGCACCCUAUGUAUAAUGGAGGAGAACUACGCUGGCAGCAGCCCAACCACAGCCCUGGUGGCCCGUACCUAGCCUACCCCAUCCUGUCCUCCCCGCAGCCCCCCGUCUCCAACGACUACACCUACUACCAGAUCAUGCCCGCUCCCUGCCCCCCUAUGAUGGGCUUCUACCAGCCCUUCCCUGGAGCGUACCCCGGCCCCGUUCAGGCUGGGGGGCUGAGUCCCGUAUCAGCCGAUGGCAGCGACAGACAGCCCCCUCUGGGACAGGCGUUUGGCCUGGCCAAUCAGAGAGGGAGGGGCAUGAUCAGACCGGCUGCGCUGCCUAAGCAGCAGCAGCAGCAACAACAACAGCAGCAGCAACAGCUAGGGGUGUGCCAGCCCCCCAGGUCCCGCCGCCCCCCUCCCACCAGGAGUGUGGCGGUGCAGAAAGAGGUUUGUGCCUCGGGGCCCGACGGCAGGACCAAGACUGUCCUCCUCGUGGACGCUGCUCAGCAGACCGGUAUGCACACCAGUGCCCCCCCCAACUUCCUCGGCGAGGCGUCGGGGCUCUGUGCGUCCGAGCGCUGUGCGUCCGAGCGGGCCAGCCCCCUGCUCUGGAAGAACCGGCCCCGGAGGAGACGGGCGUCUCACCCCACAGAGAGCUCCAGCGAGCAGGGGGCCAGCGAGGCCGACAUCGACAGCGACAGCGGCUACUGCAGCCCCAAACACAACCAGGCCGCCAGCGCUACGCAGCGCGCCGCCGAGCCCUCCACCGCCUCCACGGGCGUGGAAUCUGGCGUAAUGACGGCAGUGAGCUGUGUGAACGUGGCCUCCCAGGCUACCCAGAAGCCCUGGGGAGACAGGAACCCAGCCUUCCACAGAGCAGGGAAGAUCCCCGAGCAGAGGCACUUCCAACAGGACUUCCAGGGAGGCUACCCCGGUCGCCCCAGCCCGGCCCUGGCAGAGAGGAGGCUGCAGGCAGGAGGCAUCCCUGGGUCUGAGCUUACUCCUGAGCCCCUCUACUUUGAGGAUGAGGAUGAGUUCCCAGAGCUUGUAACAGGAGCGGCAGCACUCCGUAACAACAAGCCAGACCCGGCCCAGUCCCAGGCCAAACUCCCCAAGAACCUGCUGGACAAUCUGCCAGAAAACUCCCCCAUCAACAUCGUCCAGACCCCCAUCCCCAUCACCACCUCUGUCCCCAAGAGGGCCAAGAGCCAGAGGAAGAAGGCCCUGGCUGCUGCCCUGGCAACAGCACAGGAGUACUCUGAGAUCAGCAUGGAGCAGAGAAAACUCCAGGAGGCGCUCACUAAGGCUGCAGGGAAGAAGAGUAAGACUCCAGUCCAGCUGGACCUGGGAGACAUGCUGGCUGCUCUGGAGAAACAACAGCAGGCCUUGAAGGCCAAGCAGCUCACCAACACAAAGCCACUGUCCUUUACAGUGGGUACGGCGCCUCCGUUUCACGGCUCGGCCUCCACCAACGUGGCUGCCAUGUUGAAGCAGCCUUACUCCGCCCCCCACAACUCCCUGGACUCCACCGCCCCCCGUCUGAAGAGGGGGAAGGAGAGGGAGGUCCCCAAGGUCAAACGACCCACCGCCCUGAAGAAGAUCAUUCUGAAGGAGCGUGAAGGGAAGAAAGGGAAGAGCUGUGUGGAGCAGGGUUCCUCAGGACAAGAGGAGCAGGGAGACGAGGAGCUGUACUUUACAGACGACCUCUCGCGAGAGCCCGCCUCCCAGGAGGAGAACGGUCUGAGCAUGCCCAGUGAUGCAUCCCUGUCGCCGGCCAGUCAGAACUCUCCUUACAGCAUCACUCCAGUUUCCCAGGGUUCCCCUGCCAGCAGUGGCAUCGGUAGCCCCAUGGCCGCCAACGCCAUCACCAAGAUACACAGCCGUCGCUUUAGAGAGUACUGUAACCAGGUGCUGAACAAGGAGAUCGACGAGAGCGUGACCCUGCUGCUGCAGGAGCUGGUGCGCUUCCAGGAGCGCGUUUACCAGAAGGACCCGUCCAAGGCCAAGGCCAAGCGCAGGCUGGUCAUGGGACUGCGGGAGGUCACCAAACACAUGAAGCUGCACAAGAUCAAGUGUGUCCUCAUCUCCCCCAACUGUGAGAAGAUCCAGGCCAAAGGGGGUCUGGACGAAGCUCUGUACAACGUCAUCGCCAUGGCGAGAGAGCAGGAGAUCCCGUUUGUGUUCGCCCUGGGCAGGAAGGCCCUGGGGCGCUGCGUCAACAAGCUGGUGCCUGUCAGCGUGGUGGGCAUCUUCAACUACUCUGGAGCAGAGAGCUUGUUUAACCGCCUGGUGUCUCUGACGGAGGAGGCCAGGAAGGCCUAUAAGGACAUGGUGUCUGCUCUGGAGCAGGAGCAGGCGGAGGAGGCCCUGAAGCACGACAAGAAGGUCCCCCAUCACAUGGGCCACUCUCGCAACCCCUCCGCAGCCUCCGCCAUCUCCUUCUGCUCCGUCAUCUCUGAGCCCAUCUCUGAGGUCAACGAGAAGGAGUACGAGACCAACUGGAGGAGCAUGGUGGAGUCGUCCGACGCCCUGGAGCCUGUGGAGCCCGAGCCUAGCCGCCCUGCUCCCUCCUCCAGCUCCCACAGGGACGGAGAAGCCCUGUCCUCCUCCACCAACCACCCCACCCAGGCCCCCAGUCUGCCCCCGGGCCCUGCCACCCUCCAGCCCCGGGCAGGGCCCUCGACCCUGGGCUCAGGGGACAGGGAGGAGGGCCGGGCCGACGACCGCCUGGAGCUGGCCUCCCAGCAGAGCACCGAGACGGGCUCUCUGGACGGGAGCUGCCGUGACCAGCUCAACUCCUCCAUCACCUCCACCACCUCCACCCUGGUCCCGGGCAUGCUGGAGGAGGCCGAGGAGGAGGACGAGGAGGAGGAAGAUUACACCCCGGAGCCCAUCUCGGUGGAGGUUCCUCCCCUGAGCAGCCGCAUCGAGUCCUGGGUGUCCACCACGCUGGAGAACUUCCAGCUGGGGAAGAGCCAGGACAGCACCGAGGAGGACGACGACGAGGAGGAGGAGGAGGAAGAAGGGCAGAGCGAGGAAGAGGAUGAGUUGGAUUCAGCCGACCUGGCGCUGAGCGGCCCGGGGAGCAAGGAGCAGAUGGAGGCCAAGAAGAUCACUGGUUGAUGUGACCUCCAACAUCUUCUCACUUUCUGACCCUGUUCGUUUCCCUCAUCCCUCUUCUCGUCCGUCCCCCCCCCCCCCCCCUUCCCCUCACUUGUUAACAUCUGAACCAGCAGCUGUCCCCUGUGUGUGACUCCAGACACCAGGUGUAAUCUCAGGAAUCAGAUCGACCCCACACACACAGGCACGCCCAUCACUGGCCACACACACACACACUCUCUCACGCACACACAAACACACACACACACACACUGACAGACACACACUCCCAGACAGACACACACACUCACACACAUACACACAGCCAACAAACCCAUUAACAAAAACAGACCAAGCAUCCAAGAUUUUGUCAGAACAGAACUUUGGCUCCCUCUGCUGGAUAACCCAUGUAUUAACAGACAAGUGUUCUGCAGCUGUCUAGUCUUGUGAAGGGGGAAGCAGCCAUCUUUUCCAGACCCCCCAGGUUUGCACUUGAACUCUGAGGAAAGGCUUUACUCUGUGUGAGACCGAACAUUUGGAGAGAGGGAUCCAAGGAGGUGAUCCAGGGAGGGGUUUAGACUCCCAGGCUGAUCAUGAAACCUGGUAACACCACUCAACACCCAGAGCCCCCUCCUCUGCUGUUAGCAUCAUCCUCACAGACAAAACAUCCAUCGUUUCCUCAUACGUUAUUACACAACAGAGUUUACAGAUGCGUGUGUGUGUGUGUGUGUGUGUGUGUGCGUGCGCUGGUUAGCGUCAGUCACGGGCCCAUUAUGACACCAUCCCUAUAGGUGCUCAUUAGCUUUAUCUGUAUUGCGUUUCCCCCCCCCCCAUGGAGUGUGUGUAUUUGUGUGUUUGGGAGGGAGAGGCGUGUGUGUGUUCCUUGUGUGUCCUUUGCUCACUAUCAGUUUCUGUGCAGUAUGGUUAGUGUACUCACAGUGAGACCCACCCAACCACUCGUAAUCAUUAAUCAUUAUUCCUUGACUCUUGUCCAUUGUAUCCCGUAUCUCCGAAUUAAAGAUAAAUAAUGAGAUUACGUCUUAACAUAAACUGAAACUAGAACAAGUCUUCAUGUAUAUAACAUGUAUAAGUUGUUCUACUGCUCCUGUAAUCUGUAAUAUUGGUUUUGUUGUGUGAACCUGUUUGGGCUGUGUGCUCUGCGCUAGUCUUCAGUGGCUAGCAGCUGUGUAGCGUAGCGUAGCCCUCUAGUUAUCGUUUGGUUGUUAUCUGGUAUAGCGGUGUGUCGGAUGGAUUGUGUCUCAGUCACGUUCUUGUGUGUCUGUGCGCGUGUGAGUAUGUCAAUCUUUUUUUAUUUGAUUGUUCUUUUUUUGUGGGGUUGUGUAAGUAGCUGUGGUCAGAGAUGUGCAUGACAGCUGUGUGAUUCCCAGCUGAGACAGUAUCGUUUAAACCUCCAGUCUUCAUUCAGACCAGCUCUUUACCGCAGGCUCCGCCCCCCUCACCAGCCCGAUGCCCCGCCUACUGCCCCGCCCAACACCCUGCCCCGCCCACCAUCCUGACCUAGGGGGAGGAGCCAACACAGGAGAAAACCACACAAUAUGCAUAUCAGCAGUAAAUUAAUAAUAAAAUUAAAAAAACAUGUAAAUAAAAUUGUACAAAAGACAUGUUGGGACUACAGUGUACUAAAGAUCUAUCUUAAAGCCAUUUGAUGAAGGAAAAACUACAUUGCAUUGUAUGAAUCAAAGUUAAUCAUGAGGGUAUUUUGAAAUUGGAGGAUAGUGUCGUGAGGUGGAUUCUGUACAACCGCCGCUAGUUGGAUGGUGUGCAAUAAGAAACGAGAGGAGGAGGAGGGAUUCUACAUGAGCUGGGGUUUUAUGAAGGUUUGUCUAGAUUGAGAAAAGGUACGCAGUGUGCAGACUUUGUCAAAUUUUUACUUUCAUCAAAGUGUGAUUUGGAGCAGUUAUGGCAAGUGUGUUCUUUGCACUAUGUAAAUACAAUACCAGUAAAGAUCUUGUAACUAAUGUGAAAAAAAAUGGUUAAAUGAAGUUUAACUUUUUCAUCGUGGUCCUUGUCUUUAUAUAGAUAUUUAAGAAUGGUUCUUUAAAACUGUACAGCACUAGCUAUAUGUAGAGGCUAUUUCUCAUACUAUAACUAUUAACUGACUAUCUGGACUGAUUAUUAAUAUCAUUAAAAUGUUGUUUAAAUAAAUGUG